AUGUUCUCCCCGAGACUGGGGUCUCUUCCUCUAGCGCCCCAUCCAUUUAGUUAUUCUCCGAUUUUCGCGCAUGCACAGUACAUCCAGGAGGCCAAAUCCAGGCGGGUCGGCUCUGGUUGCCGACGGCCUACCUUAGUCUUUUCACUGGCCGAGUCGGUUCAUAUUUGCCCGGAUGGAACUAUCGAGCUGGUAGCAAAUAAGGAAGGGGCGAAGUGCGGACGCUUCACUGAUAGUGGUGAUGAUUUCUUCGUGCUAGACUCACAUCUUGCAUGCAUAGGGGGGUCUGGCGCAGGUUGGGGGCUUACCAUGCCGGCCCAGAUGGCGUUGUUCAAGGUCGAGCCAGGUCCGGGUUGCACCAACAGUAGAAUGGGAAGGGUUACGUAA